CAUGUCAGCGAAAAAGGAUACAGGCUAUGCUUGGAUAAUAGCUAUCAAUUCUCUAUUAAUAUAUAGUCUCUUUGUGAUUAGUUUUACCUCAUUUGGGGUUCUCAUAGUUUAUAUCACAGAAGCCACAGAGCAUUCUUAUACAAUUGUCUCUUGGAUAGGAGGUAUAUCAAAAGCGGUUACAGGUUUUAGUGGUAUUUUCUACGGAUCGAUAGCUAAGAAAUUCAGUUGUAGAACUAUCUUAUUUUCAUCGUCUGUUCUUUUAGCAAGUUGUUAUUUCGCAAGUGUUUUUGUUCAUAGCGUGACGGGUCUUUUUAUUUCGCUUGGUUUAGCUGCUGGAUUUUCUUAUGGAGCCUUAAGCUUUUGCGCUGAAGUCAGCGUAGCCGGGUGGUUCAUGAAAUCAAAAUCUCUUGCAAUUGCUAUGUGUUCAUUAGGAACAAGUAUAGGGGUAUUUAUUUGGACUCCCCUUACCAAUAUGAUGGUUCAUGCGUAUGGAUGGAGGAGUACGCUACUUCUUCUUGCUGGUGUCCAUUUAAAUGGUUGCGUUCUAGCGAUGAUAAUUAGAAAACCUCCAGUUGAUGAUAAUAAAGACGAAAACGACAUAUCUGAAAGAUUUUGCGUUCUUUUCGAUAAAAACCUGUGGACGAAUGUUCCAUUUUGCCUUUUAUGCUUUGCACUCUUAGGUCUUUAUGCUGGUCACAUGCAGGUUUUCUUUAUGUUGCCUACUAGAGCGGAUGUAACAGGACUUGGAACCCAAAGCGGAACUUACGUAGUUUCAUCUAUUGCUCUCAGCUCCGGCCUAUGUAGACUACUUGUUGGAUACUUGGGAGAUAGGGUGUGGUUCAAUCGCUUUCUUGCUUUUUCACUAUCUAUUGCUGUUGGGGGGCUCUUAACCAUCUUAUCAGUUCUAUUUCAGUCAUUUCCAAUGCUUAUUACGUAUGGUGUAUUAUUUGGAAUAGUGUCAUCUUUCUACGUGGCUUAUACGUUUACAAUGAUAACAGACGUUGUUAAACCUAAGGAAAUUCCAGGAGCAGCCGGCUUAGCUAUGAUUUUUAUCGGAUUAUCUCAACUAAUUUCUAAUUCAUUAGGGGGUUUCCUAUAUGAUCAAACGAAAAGUCCUCUCAUACCAUUUAUAAAGAAAAACAUGUCUGACAAAAAGGAUACGGGAUAUGCUUGGGUAAUUAUGAUCAAUGCGAUGAUUUGUAAUGCUCUUUCUGUAUUGGCUGUUUCAUCUCAAAGUAUUCUGAUAAUCUACAUAACGGAAUCUUUAGAAGAAUCAUACGGAAAAGUCUCCAUAAUGACUAGUCUAUUAAAUCUUUUUUAUGGUGGGAGUUCACUGUUUUCCGGCAUUCUAGACAGAAUUUUUACAAGGACACAAUUAUUAUUCGUGGGAUCAUUUAUGGUAGUUCUUUGUCAUAUACUGAGUGUUUACAUCAAAAGCGUUUACUUAUUUUAUAUCACACUUGGUAUUGUAAGUGGAAUAGGGUUAAAUACCUUUACAUUCUGUUCUGGAAUAUCAGUAGCCGGUUGGUUUGAAAGGAAAAAGUCUCUCGCCCUUGCCUGUAUUUCAGUAGGAACAAGCAUUGGAUUUCUAAUAUGGAGUCCACUAACGAAUUUAAUAAUAACCAACUAUGGUUGGAGAAGUGCUCUUUUAUUAAUAGGCGCUAUUUAUGCCCAUGGACUCGCCAGUGCAUUACUAAUACGGCCUCCACCUCAGGAAAAUAAUAAAUCUUCAAUUGAAAAAAGUAAAGAGUCUCCAAAGAGAAAUAUUUUUGAUAAAAGAAUAUUUAAGAAUUACUCUUUAUUAUUUCUCUAUUUAAGUGUAAUUUCAACAUAUACUGGCCACAUGGUACCCUACUUUUGGAUUCCAACAAGAACUAAGGGAACCGAUGUUGGCUUGGAAAAAGGUACUCUUAUAGUUUCAGCGCUGGCUGGAUCAUCGCUCGUUGUACGAAUAUUUAUUGGAAUAUUAGGUGAUAAACCUUGGUUCAAUAGAAUGAUUGCUUUUGGUAAAAGAUUUUUUGAUGGCUCAGGAUCUGGCCUUCCAUCAGGUGGAGGAUCUGGCUUCCCAUCAGGUGGAGGAUCUGGAGGAUGGGGACAUCAUUUUGCAAAGAGACACUUUUCGGGUGACUCUGGUACGAAAGGGGAAUCAGGAUCUGGUACAGACUUUGAGUCAGGAUCUGGUAAAGACUUUGAAUCAGGAUCUGGUAAAGACUUUGAAUCAGGAUCUGGUAAAGACUUUGAAUCAGGAUCUGGUAAGGAGUAUGAAGAAAAACACUGUCCUAUUGUCUGCAGAGCUCUUAUCGCGUCAGAUGCUUAUAAACAUAUAGACAUGUGUGGUGAUUGCGAACUCUUGAAAACUGGAUUUCCUGGUUGCGAACAUUGGUGUUUUCCAAUUCCAUGGAUCGGCCGUAUUUUCAUAAGGGACUGCCAGAAAUGUGAUGCGAUCACUCUCGGACACGUAAUUAGUUUUAUUGAACAUCAUUUUGAUGAUUUGAAAUAA